GGCACUGGCAGCACGCACAUAAUUGCUGCAAGAAAAUCGUAUUCUUUUUCUGCCCCUGGUCCUCACCUUCUUUUUCCUUUGGUCACGGAUUUCUUCUUGCCUUGCUGCUCCGUGCAGAGCUUUUUAAUGAUGAGCGACGGCAUGAAACCUGAUACUGGCGCUGAGAGGAUCAAUGCCAGUGGCGAUCGCUUAUUGAUUCCGAUGCAGCAACAGUUGCGCAUCACAAUCGACGACGGCUACGCUGCGUUUUCCACCUGCGCUCGCAAGCUGACGAGAGACAGCAAAGAUCCAAAUCUUAUGAAGAACAGCAGCAAUAGCAUGGAUGAAGAAUCAGCCCUCGGAACCACUUCGAAUGCUCCUGUUCCAACUGGACGUUAUUUCGAUGCUCUCCAGGGACCUGAACUGGAAGUUGUCGAGGAGAGUGAACAAGACCUGCUGCUACUUCCAAUGGACAAGGUGUGGCCUUUCUUGCUCAGAUUCCCAGUGAACAGCUUUGGCAUUGUUUUGGGACUUGGCAGCCAGGGAAUCUUGUGGAAGUCCCUCUCGUCCACGCCCGCCAUGGAGGAGUUUGUACACAUCCCGAAACAGGUCAAUCUCGUCCUCUGGUGUGCAACGCUGCUUGCCUUUGUUGCCAUAUCUUUGACGUACCUCCUGAAAUGCUUCCUCUACUUUGAGGCAGUGCGGCGGGAGUUUUUCCACCCCGUGAGGAUCAACUACUUCUUCGCGCCGUGCAUCGGCGGCAUGUUUCUGGCCAUCGGCCUCCCCGACGCCGUCGGGCUCUCGCUUCACCCUUCGGUAUGGUGUUUGUUGAUGGCGCCAUUGUUUCUUCUGGAGCUCAAGAUCUAUGGGCAGUGGCUGUCGGGGGGUGACAGGCGCUUGUCCAAGGUGGCCAACCCGAGCACCCAUCUUUCCAUCGUUGGGAACUUCGUCGGGGCUGUUCUUGGUGCCAGAGUCGGGUGGAAAGAGCCCGCUAUGUUCUUCUGGGCUGUUGGUCUCGCGCACUAUAUGGUGCUCUUUGUCACUCUCUACCAGAGGCUUCCUACGAACAAGAGGCUCCCGAAAGACCUCCAUCCAGUGUUCUUCCUCUUUGUGGCCGCGCCCAGCACCGCCAGCGUCGCGUGGGAGGAUAUCACCGGCAGCUUUGGCUACGUUUCCAGGAUUGUUUACUUCGUCUCGCUCUUCCUUCUCCUGUCCCUGGUUGUCCGGGUGAAUCUUUUUCGUGGUUUCAGGUUCUCGAUUUCUUGGUGGGCUUAUACUUUCCCCCUUGGAGCGGCUGCCAUUGCCGCCAUCCACUACUAUUCAGCGGUGACGUGCACCUUGACUCGCUUCCUGGUUGUUGCUUUGUCGCUGGCUUCUGUGCUCGUUGUCGUGUCCAUCUUCGUUACAACCCUUGCGUGCGCUUGUCUGUAUGGAACGCUCUUCCCCAACGAUCAAGCCAUAGCCAUCACUAGCGAGCAACACCGCAAGCAGCAACAGCUUUGCAAGCAGCAGGCUUAAUCCUCCAGAACAAAUGCUCCUAUGGGUCGUGAAGAUACCUUGAUUUUGAGAGCGCCAACGUCACUAGCUACGUGUAUGAACGAGAUUCCUGGUAUGUGCUUCUUUUUCUUUCGGAAAAUGUGCGCAGAGUCAAAGGUGUAUCACGGAAGAUCACUCUUUGAAAGUCAAAAGUCCAACAAAGCUCGUGACAAACAACAUUCAUGAAACCCAAGAUUCUUUUCUAAAAUCUCACCACAAGUUCUCCACGAUGUAUAAAACAAAGCUUUGAAAAUGAUAUCAAAACCACGCUGCCCGUCAGUGUCCAUCCAUCCAGUGAUUGCAUGGAGUUCGCAAAGA